AUGAAUAUGGCAGCAUUGUCAGAACCAAAGCUUGUUCCGCUGACUGGGACAACUCAAUUUGAAGCAUUACCAAAUAUUGCCAAUAUCUUAGUAACGGGUGGAGCUGGCUUCAUUGGAAGCUGGGUGACUCGUCACCUAGUUAUUCGAUAUCCCGAAAAAUAUAGAGUUGUUUGCUUCGACAGAAUGGAUACUGCAGCAUCAUUCAACAACCUCAUGUGUCUUUCUACCGCCCCUAACUUCGAUUUCAUACAUGGGGAUAUAACUGACCUAGAGAGGGUUCGAUACGCCUUGGAGUUCUAUGAAAUUGACUGUGUGCUCCACUUUGCAGCUAGCAGUCAUGUCCAGAUUUCCUUUUCCAAGCCAUUUGAUUUUACUCGAAACAACGUUGUGGGUACACACAUCGUCCUUGAAGCUGUAAGAAUCUACGGCAAAGUCGGCCGCUUUAUUCAUGUCUCGACAGACGAAAUAUACGGCGAGACGAACGGAACCAAGACGAACGAGGCCAAGGUGGAUGAAAAUGGCAACUUCUUCCCGACCAAUCCAUAUUCAGCCAGCAAGGCAGCGGCAGACAUGUACGCAAUGGCGUACCUUCGGAGCUUCCGACUCCCUAUAAUUAUUGUCCGCAGCAAUAAUGUCUACGGUCCAUGCCAAUACCCAGAAAAGAUCAUUCCGACGUUUAUUAAGCUUCUUAUGGAAGGAAAAAAGCUACCUAUCCAAGGCGAUGGGUCGCACACCCGAUGUUUUCUAUAUGGUUCCGAUGCCGCGGACGCAUUCGAUACGAUCCUCCACAAGGGAAACAUUGGCGAAGUUUAUAACAUUGAAUCGGAUUACGAGGUUCGAAACAGCGAAGUCGCAGCCAAUAUUCUGUCUCUGUUUGGGUAUGAUCCAGUCUAUGAUUUCGAAUCGCAUGUGAAAUGGGUUCCUGAUCGACCCUUCAACGACAUGAGAUAUAACGUGGACGGAUCGAAGUUGAAAAGGCUAGGGUGGAUGCAGCAGGUAGACUUCUCAUCAGGCCUUGCGCUGACGGUUAGCUGGUAUAAGCAGAAUCUGCGUUGGUGGUGGAAAACGCCUUCCAGCAUAUCGACUAAUCUUGCUUGCCAAGGCUAG